ACGCAAAGAUGGCAUCCAAGCCGAGUCUCACAAAUCUUCCAUAAACAGAUCUGGCACAGGGCCACUACUUUCGGUCGAUUGCUAGUCUACGGAAACCCCUCGUCUUCAGACCUCGUCAUCCUCCUCAUUGGGUUCAUAUCCUCGGUUGCCUCUGGCGUUCCAUUCCCCAUAAUGUCGAUUGUUUUCGGACAGCUUGUCGACGGACUCAACUCGGCAACUUGCGGGGUUAAGAACUCCACCGCCGAGUCGUACCAGUCGGGGAUCAAUAGCAAGAUCCUGAUGAUCGUAUACGUCGGUAUCGCCUACUUCGCCUUGAUCUACAUCUACUCGCUUUGCUGGAAUCUUUCAGGUGAGCGGCUGGCACAGCGCCUGCGAGAGAAAUACUUCAGAGCUAUCCUACGCCAGGAUGCGGCGUUCUUCGAUAAUUUGCCAGCUGGGGAGGUGUCUGCGCGGAUUACUGGACAAAUAUCUGUUGUGCAGCAAGGUGCAAAUGAAAAGGUUGGCAUUGUGAUCAAUAGUGUCUCUUUCUUUAUCGCUGCCUAUGUGGUGGCGUUUAUAAAGGACCCUAAGCUUGCUGGUAUACUGGUCUCACUCACCCCAGCAUACCUCUUGAUGGCAUUGGGUGGUGGAUACUUUGUGCAGAAGUUUUUUGCACAGGCAAUGGAGGGCACGACCAAGGCAUCGUCUGUUGCACUGGAAGCCUUUUCCAACACAAUGAUCGUCCAUGCCUUUUCAGCGAAUGCUCGUCUCGAGGAGAAAUUCGUCGAAGUUUUGAAUCCAACCCUUGCAGCUGGAGUGUGGAAAUCAAUCGCCAUGGCGAGUCAAGCAGGGCUGUUAUAUUUUAUCGCUUUCUCAGCGAAUGGUAUUGCCUUUUGGCAAGGAUCCCGGCAAAUAGCCGACGCCGUUGAAUCGGAUGGUGGUAUUUCGGUCGGCCAUAUCUUCACUGUCAUUCUUAUUCUUGUGGAUGCGUCUCUUAUCCUCAGCCAAGCUGCCCCUUUCCUAAAAAGCUUCGACGCCGCCGCCGUGGCGUUCCGCAAAUUGGAGUCCGAUAUCGAGCACCCAUCAGCCAUUGAUGGUACUUCUGAAAAAACUGGCCAUGUGCUACCAGAAGUGACAGGAACCAUCGAGCUACGCAAUGUAUCAUUCACUUUUUCGUCCCGUCCAGACAAGCCCGUGCUGCAGAACCUAUCUUUGACCUGCCCAGCCGGCCAACAGACAGCCAUCGUUGGCCUUUCAGGCAGUGGAAAAUCCACGGUCGCUGGGCUGAUCGCUCGGUUCUACGACGUGGACGAUGGAACUGUUCUUUUGGAUGGGCAUGAUGUGAAAGACCUCAAUGUGCGAUCUGUCCGAAGCUAUAUCAGUCUCGUACAACAGGAGCCUUACCUCCUGGAUCGGUCUAUUUUGGAGAACAUAGCCCUGGGACUCGUCAACUCACCCAAGCAUGAGCAUUUGCGUACAUUACUGAUGAGCAACUCCCUGGCUGAGAUUGCAACAGCAGUCCGAGACGGUCAAGACUUGGUUACAGCCUCAUUAGCAAACAGCCCUGACGCCCGAGAGAUCGUGGAAUUAGUGCUUAAUGCUGCUCUGCUGGCCGAUGCAAACGGAUUCAUCGAGCGACUGGAGGAAGGAUAUGGAACGCUUGUUGGAUCCAAGGGAAACCUCAUCAGUGGUGGCCAGAAACAGCGUAUCUCACUGGCGCGUGCUUUGGUGAAAGAUCCGCGAAUUCUCAUUCUCGACGAGGCUACUGCUUCACUCGACUCGGCAACAGAGGCACGUAUCCAACUGGCUUUGGAGAACGUGGCAGCUGGUCGAACUGUCAUUACUAUUGCGCACCGGCUCUCGACUAUCAAAAAUGCCGACAAUAUCAUCGUCAUGCGACAGGGUAGACUGGUUGAGCAAGGGACGCACCAUAAUCUUAUCGAGGCUAAUGGAGCAUAUGCCGAGCUUGUUCGUCUCCAAAACCUCAAUGUCCACGGCGGUGAAAGUGGGGAUACCGACGGUGUCUCGUCUAGCUCUGGCUCCUCCACACAAGAGUUCCACGAAAAGACAGGUGCUCGUGAAACAGAGGUCGUGGAUGAUAUCACGGAGGGAGGCAAUGCUGCUCUGCCCGAGAAGGAGGCCCCGGGAAAAGAAUCCGAGCAACAGCGGAGUUUUGCAUCGACCAUACGCUCCAUGGGCUCGCUCUUCCGACCGUACUCAUUUGUUCUAAUCCUGGCCAUCACCGGAGCGGUGGUCAUCGGUGGCACAUAUUGUGGUUCAGCCGUGAUCUUCGGUAACGUCGUGGGGAAACUGAGUGGCUGCGAUGAACCUGACUCCAUCCGCCACGCCGGAUCUCUAUUUGGACUCAUGUUUUUUGUUCUGGCCAUUGUCGAGUUUUUUGCUAAUUUCCUUAGCUGGUCGCUCUUUGGCUGGAUAGCAGAACAAGUCAUUUACAAAGUGCGAGUACUAUCAUUGCGAUCGAUUCUCGAACAAGAUCUGGCAUGGCACGAGUCGAAAGACCGCAAUCCUUCGCUACUACUCUCGCUGGUGACCCAGGAUAGCAACGCAUUGGGAGGUCUGACCGGCUCCGUGGUUUGUACCAUAAUUUCGAUCCUCGUCAGUCUCGUGGCGACGAUCACCAUGACACACAUCAUUGCCUGGAAGAUUGCCCUGGUAUGUCUAUCGGUGGUUCCAUUGCUGCUUGGUGCUGGGUGGAUGCGUCUCACCACGUUGGCCGACUUCGAGGAGCGUCAUUUGGAAGCGUUUGCCAAUGCCAAUGCCAUUACAAUAGAGGCCGUCAAUUCAAUCAAGACGGUGAUGUCGCUUUCGUUGGAACACGAAGUUCUCGUCACAUACCGUCGGUCGCUGCAAGGACCGAUGCGCCAAAUUGCCAGGCACAGUGCGUGGGCGAACUUGUGGCUGGCCGUCGGCUAUGGACUCAGCAACUUCCUCUAUGCACUGGCGUAUUGGUGGGGGUCGAAGCAGAUCAUCGCGGGCGAGUAUACACAAACCCAAUUCUUCAUUGUGCAGCUGGCUCUGCUCGUGAGCUCACAACUUUGGGGCCAGAUGUUCGCUCUGGUGCCGGAAGUCUCGCGCGCAUUCCAUGCCACUCGGCGGCUCUUGAACCUGCUCGAAAUUGGGUCGACCAAGCAGCUUUCAGCACCUCUCACGCUACUUGGUGAUAUCGAGGCCAUUGCGCCCGCCCAAGAGAAGGCCAUUUCGUCAUCCACUGGCGGCAUCAGCGUUUCCUUCAAGCAAGUUGAAUUUUCGUAUCCUGCACGACCGGACACUCGGGUGCUUCAUGGCCUUGAUCUGAACAUUAAACCUGGGCAAUUCGCCGCACUCGUCGGACCGAGUGGUGCAGGAAAGUCUACAAUAAUUUCACUCGUUGAGCGGCUUUAUAAGCCAGAUUCUGGUUCAAUCGAAGUUGAUGGCCACAGAAUUGCAUACAGCGAUGGUUCAUUCCGUCACGAGAUCGCCUACGUCCCGCAACAGAGCGUCAUGUUUGACGGAACAAUCAGAUUCAACCUGACCAUCGGCGCUAGACCUGGACAAAAAGUGACACAAGACGCGCUUGAAGAAGCAUGCAAAAUAGCCAAUAUCCAUGACACGAUCAUGCAGAUGCCUGAUGGAUAUGACUCUUCAUGUGGGUCAAAUGGCGACAGGUUGUCGGGGGGUCAGAAGCAGCGGCUAGCGAUCGCGCGAGCACUCAUCCGAAAGCCCAAGCUCUUGCUGUUGGACGAGUCGACGAGUGCCCUUGAUGCGGAAUCGGAGCGGUUGUUGCAAAAUGGACUUGAGAAGGCAGCGAAAAACAUGACAGUCAUCGCUAUCGCGCAUCGAUUGUAUACGAUCCGUAAGGCGGAUGUGAUUUUUCUCAUUGAGAAUGGCCGUUGCGUUGAUCAAGGGACUCAUGCGCAGCUUAUCGAGCGCAGUGAGAGUUAUCGUAUCAAUGCGCUGAACCAGGCGGUGGAUGGGUGA